CGGGCGGAAGUUCCCCGCCCCACCCGUGAGAGUUGAGUCUUGACCAGAGCGAGUGAGGAUCUUGUCCUGGCUUCAAUUGUCCACGGCUCCACCUCCUGUGGCUGCAGGUGUGAUUCUUGGGACUCAGAUGGACCACACAUCCCCGACCUACAUGCUUGCUAACUUAGCGCACUUACAUUCUGAACAACUUCUUCAGGGCUUGAAUCUUCUUCGUCAGCAUCACGAACUCUGUGACAUCAUUCUUCGUGUAGGUGAUGUUAAAAUUUAUGCUCACAAAGUGGUACUUGCCAGCAUCAGCCCAUAUUUCAAAGCUAUGUUCACUGGAAACCUUUCUGAAAAAGAAAACAGUGAGGUUGAAUUUCAGUCCAUUGAUGAAACUGCUCUCCAGGCCAUUGUGGAAUAUGCCUAUACAGGGACUGUUUUUAUUUCUCAGGAUACAGUUGAAUCUCUCCUUCCAGCAGCAAACCUACUUCAGAUAAAACUUGUCCUGAAAGAAUGUUGUGCAUUUCUUGAAAGCCAGCUUGAUCCUGGGAACUGUAUUGGAAUAUCUCGUUUUGCAGAGACAUAUGGUUGCCAUGACCUUUAUUUGGCAGCCACUAAAUACAUAUGCCAGAAUUUUGAAGCUGUAUGCCAGACAGAAGAGUUUUUUGAGCUUACACAUGCAGAUUUGGAUGAAAUUGUUUCCAAUGACUGUUUGAAUGUAGCUACUGAAGAGACUGUUUUUUAUGCAUUAGAGUCUUGGAUCAAGUAUGAUGUACAAGAACGCCAGAAAUACUUAGCACAGCUACUAAAUAGUGUACGAUUACCAUUGCUGAGUGUUAAGUUUCUCACUAGGCUAUAUGAAGCAAAUCAUCUUAUUCGUGAUGAUCGUACUUGUAAACAUCUUUUGAAUGAAGCUUUAAAGUACCACUUUAUGCCUGAACAUAGACUCUCUCAUCAGACAGUCUUGAUGACGCGACCUCGCUGUGCUCCCAAAGUACUUUGUGCCGUAGGAGGAAAAUCUGGACUCUUUGCCUGUUUGGAUAGUGUGGAGAUGUACUUUCCUCAAAGUGACUCUUGGAUUGGUUUGGCACCCUUAAACAUUCCUCGCUAUGAAUUUGGAAUAUGUGUUUUAGACCAAAAAGUGUAUGUUAUAGGUGGUAUUGAAACUAAUGUGCGUCCUGGUGUCACUAUCAGAAAACAUGAAAAUUCAGUAGAAUGCUGGAAUCCUGAUACAAAUACCUGGACUUCACUAGAGAGAAUGAAUGAGAGCCGAAGUACCCUUGGAGUAGUAGUUCUUGCAGGAGAACUUUAUGCUUUAGGUGGAUAUGAUGGACAAUCUUAUUUACAAUCUGUAGAGAAAUAUAUUCCCAAAAUAAGAAAAUGGCAACCUGUGGCACCAAUGACUACGACAAGAAGUUGUUUUGCUGCAGCUGUAUUGGAUGGAAUGAUAUAUGCCAUUGGUGGGUAUGGUCCUGCUCACAUGAACAGUGUGGAACGUUAUGAUCCAAGUAAAGACUCCUGGGAGAUGGUUGCAUCCAUGGCUGAUAAAAGGAUUCACUUUGGCGUGGGUGUCAUGCUAGGCUUUAUUUUUGUGGUGGGUGGACAUAAUGGUGUCUCACAUUUGUCAAGCAUUGAAAGAUAUGACCCCCAUCAAAAUCAGUGGACUGUGUGUAGACCAAUGAAAGAACCUAGAACAGGAGUUGGUGCUGCAGUAAUUGAUAACUACCUUUAUGUAGUUGGGGGUCACUCAGGGUCUUCCUAUCUGAACACAGUGCAGAAAUAUGACCCUAUCUCAGAUACGUGGCUGGAUUCAGCAGGCAUGAUAUACUGUCGAUGCAAUUUUGGAUUAACUGCACUUUGAUAAGAGUGAACUCCUGGAAAUCAUGUGGUAGUGAAACUUGUGCCACACAAAAGGAUGUCCAGUUUUCUGAAAAUUAAAAGCUACAUUGCUUUUAUUUUAACUUGAAGUGGCAUGAAGACUCAAAGUUUUGUUGGGUACUUUGAAUUGACAAGUAGUUUUGGUUGCUCUUGGUUACACAGUAAAUCAAUAAUCAAAGAAGAAGAAGAAGAAAAAGGAAAGACCUUGCCAAUGGAAUUGUGCACUUCUUUCCCAAGACUGAGAUAGACUUGUUUUAUGUUCCUAAAUGGAGAAAACCUUGCUGCUUUUUAAUUUUUUUUUAUUGUUAGCUCUCUUUCCUUGAUAUGUAUCAUGAUUUACUAGGAUGAGAGAGGCUUUAGAUUCUGAAGUGUAUUGAAUGAUUGGACAGAUUGUUUAUACUGCUUGUUGUAUGUAAAUUCAUAUGCUUCACAUUUUUAAAACAAAGGGCUGCUUUUACUUUUGGUACUUUUAAAGGUUGUAAAUAACAUGUCAUAGUGAGUCAUCUGAAUAUUCUUCCUGCUAAAUUGGUUUUAGGACUAGUGGUGUAAUAUAUUUGCAAGACAAUUGGUUUUAUUGUCCUAUUUGGGGCCCUGUUUUAAGAAGCCAGAUACUUACUGUUUAUGCCUUUUGUAUAUGUGCAGGUUAAUGCUGGAUGAAUUUAGUUACUUGUCUGUGCUAUGAUAAGCAUGGAUAGAAUGAGCUGAUCAUACCAGUUGUUUUAGUUUUUCUUCAGUAGUACAACAGGCUUCCCAGUGUUGAUGUAAAUAUUUGAAAGUGUUUAGGACCAACCUUAGUGCUUAUUGAUUUUUUUCAUGUAAACUUAUAAUAAUUUUAGUUUUUUUUUUUAAGAUCUUUGUUUGCAUUUUCCAAGUGUUCAGAUAUAAAAAUGGUGCUAACUGUAGGAUCUAUAUAACAAGGCUAUAAUAGAUGUUCUUUUGGAUGUUUGGUGUGACAUGCAUGGCAUAAUUUGAUAGUGUUUUUCAUUUUACAGGCUUAAUUUGUUUGUGCUUAUUAAAAAUGUUAGUGAGUACACUAAUGUUAACAUCCAAAAAUCAUCUAAAUGGCCUGUUAGGUUUUUCAUGGUUACUGAAUAGUGAUUUAAAGAAAGAUACACUUUUGGUCUUCUUUGUUCUUCUGCUGGAUUACAUCCUUCUGAAAAACAGAAAUAUAUGCAUUAAAUAUAAGCCCUAGGCAGUUAUGCAUUACUUUGUACAUUUCUUAGGUAACUGAAUAUUUUAAAGUUAUUGAGGAAAACUGGAACUCAAUGUUUACUUGACUAAUGGUUCUAAUUUAGUUCUGCUUUGAUUAAGGAAAUGAUCUUUUAAAACAAAAUUGUUUGCAUUAGCCAGUAAACACUUAUUUAAAAGAUAUGGUUAACUUAUUUUAUUUUCAAGCAUGUUUUAGUAAAUGUCUGUAAGUCUUAAACACAUUAACUUGCAGUUUUUUAUGAUGUUGGUACUUGUGUUUGGGUACUGUAGUCAUUUUGUUUUUAUUUUCUUAAUUUUUUUCUUGCCCACUAUCUCUUUAUAAAGUCUCUGCAAGACCACUGUACAUUUUUCCUAAUAAUUCACACAGCAUUCUUAAGUGCCAUGAUAUUCUAAAACUAUUGUUAAGAAGCCAUUUGUAAUUAUAAAACAUAGGUUCAGUUGUUAGCAUAUAUGUUAUUUCUUAAAAACUAUAACCAGGUAAUUUGCAGUUUUCCUUGUUCUUCCAUAAACUACCUGUUGUAGAGUUGACUAUAUACUACAAAACUAUGUAAAAUCAUCUUUAAUCAAAAAAGUAGAAUCAUGCUUUAGGAAUAUUUGCACAGAUUAUAAAAUCUUGCAAGUGAUUUUUAGUCUCUUCUAACUUAGAACUCAACAGGAGCUACUAAUAAAAUCAAAUGAGUAUUUUGUAUGUUGCUUGUUUGAAUAACAAUGAUAUAUAGCAAUAACUUUUUCAUUGCUUUGAAUAAAUCUGUUGAAUAGUAAUAAGGUGCACUACUGUGGUUGGCCUAAACUUUAUAUAAAGAAAAGCAAUUUAAAAUAGAUUCCAUUACAUACUUACUGGUUUUCUGUUGUUGUUUUUUCUUUUCUUUUUUUUUGGGGGGGUGGGUUGCCAGGGUUUGAACCCAGGGCCUUGUGCAUGUGAGGCAAGCACUAUACCAAGUGAACUAUAUUCCUAGCCCUCUACAUCCUUACUGUUAACCCCCUAAGUCAGUUGUCUUUGUUUGUAUGAAUCAUAGUAUUAAAUACAUCUUAUUAUACUGUUUUUGAUUUCCUUCUCCCAGAAGAUAAGGGAAUUUGAAAGACUAUAGAAAAUUAUUUUAAUUGUGAAUACAUCCAUACUGCUUUAUUUUUAACAAUGUUUAACUCAUGUAUUGUUUCCACUAUCAAGUUAGUAUAAAACAUAUAAUUAUUUGGUAAAUUAGAUCAAAAGCAUAUACUGAUAAUUAUUUUUGAAAAAUCUAAAUAUCAUCUGGUGAAGACUAAAUGUGAAACAUCUUGGGCAAUAGUAGAAGCCAUGUACCAGUGAACAAAUUAUGAAAACCUGUGAAGAAAAAAAUAUUCAAAUUUAGAAAUAUAUUUAUUUUAAGGUUGCUUUUGUACUGUUCAUAACAUCCAGAACUACUAAUAUGACUUGACAACUGGUAAGUUUACAAUAGAGCUUUCUCUUAGAGAUUUGUGAGAAGUUUCAUUAUGAAUACUUUGCUGAAAAAUUGUGAAUUUAAAGCCACAUGUUUCUUCUUAAAAAGGAUCAAAAUGUUUGGUUAUAAAUCCCCAGGUUUAAUGGUAUUAGAAAUGAUUAUAUAUCUUCAGGCAAGCUAAAGCAAUUUAGAAUUGCCCAGAAAUAUUUUGGAAAAGAAUGCAGAGGAGAAUAGAAAUUAAUAUAAUCGAGUGCAAAAUAAUUGCCUUUUAUAAUUACAUUACAUAAAGAUUUAAUCUGUUAGGAAUGUUUGGCAAUUUAAUAUUUGUUGGAUGUAGGAAAAGAGUUGACUUUUUUUUUUUUUUUUUUUUUGGUACCAAGGGUUGAACUCAGGGGCACUCGACCACUGAGUCACAUCCCUAGCUAUUUUUAUAUUUUUUAUUUUUUUAUUUAGAGACAGGGUCUCACUGAGUUGCUUAGUGCCUCACAUUUUCUGAGGCUGGCUUUGAACUCGGGAUACUCCUGCCUUAGCCUCCCAAGCCGCUGGGAUUACAGGCAUGUGCCACUGUGCCUGGCUAAUUUAACUAAUUUUUAAUGUAAUCUAAAGUUUUACUUACAAGCUCCAUUUGUUAUUGCUAAUACUGUUUUAAAUAUGGAUGAAUAUUAUAGGAAGUAACAGCAAGUGAUAGGAAAAAGUAAGUGAUAGGAAAAUGACAUUACGUUUUGAAAGUUUAUUUUGAUGGUUUGACAGAUAUGGAGGGUCUACUUUUAUGAAGGAGAUAUUGUGUUAGAUUCUGUGGUGGCUUUUCACUUAAAAGAGUAAAAUGCAGUGUAGGAGUCCUGUACCCCAAUAACUGUAUGGUAAAAUAUAAAUUUAAUUCCUUGUCUCCAACUUCAUAAUUUCCUAAACACCUAGAUUACUUAUAAACAAUUAUUUAGAGUCUGAUUAGGUUUUAAUGGCAUGAAAAAGAAUUAUGAAAAACUUGACUUAUAGAACUCUACAUUUCCUGAAAUUGGAUAACUAUUUCCUAGAAGAAAAACAAAACUAAAGGGGGGAAAAAAACCCAAACUAUUUCCUAGAAUAUCAAAGCUCUGGCUAACACUGAGGAAAAUAUAUGUACAUAUCAUGCUGUGUUAAUUUUCAGUUUUGGUGUUGGAUUCCUAGUAUUGUCACCUAAGUGCUCAUUUUCAGGAAAAUCAGAUUCUACAGUAAAUUUACUGCUUAAAGUUCAAUAAACUUGUGAUAACCUCUAUAACCUCUGUAGUCGAAAGUUAAGAAAUUAUAAAUGUCUCAUGUCAAGUUAACAUCCAGUUCUACUCUUUAACCUUUCUUCCUUUUGUAAACAGCACUUUAAUUAGACAUGAUUUAAUUAGAUAACGAUUCUGUGGCUGGAUAUAUAUUGACUUUUCGCUUACAGUAUAUUGUUUCAAUGUUGAGACACAAUUGAUGAGACAGGAAUACAAUAAGUACAUUUUAAAUAUUAUAGGUUUACAAAUUUUCUUACUAGUGUGAAUAUGGAGUCAAAUAAAAAUCCAGUUUACAUCUCUGCAGAGAGAAAAAUUGUUAUCCAUAUGUCUUUUAUAUUAUACAUAUUUAACUAGAGAUAAUUUAUUGUUAAUUUUGUCAAGUUAUCAUGUGUAAAGUUUCAUUCAUUUUAAAAUACUAAGCAAAAAGUUCCAAGUUUGCCUUAAAAUACAAGUGAAAUUAAAGAACUGGAUGAUAAUGCCUAUAUUUUUGCCUUAUGAAUUGUGCUGUAUCAUAAACCAGAGAUGGUUUUGAUUUUAACAGGAUUCUGAAAUUUUGUAGAUGUAGGGUACUAAUAUUUGUACUCUCUUGCAAAGAAUGUGGAUAAUGUCAAUGUUUAAAUGUUUUUGUAUCUGUUUUACCUCUGAAUAUGUACCUUUUUAGCAUCAGGGUUUUAUUUUAUUUUGGUUUACAUAGUAAAGUGGCAUUUAACUUGUUGAAGAUUGUAUUCUUUUGUCUUUUAUUUUAAAAAUUCUUUGUGAAUAUUGUGGUAAUGCUCUGUAAUGGUUAUGAUUAAAUUUCACUUAAUGUGAAGUGUUUAAAUAAAAUUUAAAAAUUUAAA